AACAGGACCAGGGGGCACAAGGUCCCACCCUGGGGGGGGUGAUGUGGGGUGUUACCCCCCACCAUGGGGCAGGGACCCCUGCCCAGUGUCCCCCACGGCUCCGAGACCCAUGUGGGACAAAGGCGGGAGUCAAUCCUCAAACCUGCCUGUUUUCCCACCUUGGGGGGGUCUGACCCCCAUGGUGGUGGGCAGGAUAUUGGGGGAGCUCUGACCCCCAUAGAGUCCUGUAUUUGGGGGGUCCCCUACACAGGGAGGGGCUGGUGAUUCCCCCAAGAGCCUGGUUCACCCCCCAAACCACCCAAGUACCUGCUCCCUUCAGGCCCCCAGCAUGUGGCUGUACAUCUUAAUGGCCGCACUGGUGUGGGCGCUGGGCUGGCUGGUGCGGGACCGCCAGAGCCUCCCCACGGUGACCGACAAGCACGUCUUCAUCACGGGCUGCGACAGCGGCUUUGGCCACCUGCUGGCCCGCCGGCUGGCCCAACGGGGCUACCGGGUGCUGGCCGCCUGCCUGACCCCCGCGGGGGCCGAGGGGCUGCGGCGGGGCUGCCACGGCCACCUCCGCACCACCCUGCUCGACGUCACCCGGCCCGACAGCAUCCGCCGGGCCGUGGAGUGGGUGCAGGGGGAGGUGGGGGAGAAAGGCCUCUUCGGGCUGGUGAACAAUGCGGGGGUCGCCAACCCCAUCGGCCCCACGGAGUGGAUGUCCCCCGAGGACUACCGGGGGGUGAUGGCUGUCAAUGCCUUCGGCGUCAUCGAGGUGACGCUGGCGUUCCUGCCGCUGCUCAAGCGGGCGCGUGGCCGCGUGGUCAACACCUCCAGUGUCCUCGGUCGCCUCUCAGCCAAUGGUGGUGGCUACUGCAUCUCCAAAUAUUGCAUUGAGGCCUUUUCUGACAGCCUGCGGAGGGACAUGUACCACUUUGGUGUCAAGGUCAGCAUCGUGGAGCCUGGGUUCUUCAAGACGGCCGUGACCAACCUGGAGAGCAUUGAGGGGUCCCUGCGGCAGCUCUGGGAGCGCCUGCCCCCUGAGACGCGGCGCAGCUACGGCGAGGAGUUCUUCCAGCAGUACCUCAAGGUGCAGCGGCUGAUCAUGAACUUCAUCUGCGACGGGGACCUGUGCAAGGUGACGAGCUGCAUGGAGCACGCGCUGGGGGCGCGGCACCCCCGCACCCGCUACAGCGCCGGCUGGGACGCCAAACUGCUUUGGCUGCCCGCGUCCUACCUACCUGCCUGCCUGGUGGACCUGGCGCUGGCCAUCAUCCUGCCCAAGCCGGCCCAACGCGUCCGCUAGGCCCCCCCUGUGCCCCCUCCGGGAUGCUGGAUCCCCCCCGGGGUGCUGGACCCACCCUCAAGCUGCCAAUAAACCACCCGUGCCAUGAAAACCA